UUUAAAAACAUCAAAAGAAAUACUCUAAUCAGAUUAAUAGCUACAAAGAUCUGCUUGCCCAGUUUAAAAUACCAAUUUCAGAAUAACUCCUUAUUGCCAAAUGUUAAUCCUGAUUGUACAAUACUUAGAAUAUGUUAGAAUCCUUUGUUUGAAGCAUCAGGAACACCUAUCUUAUAAGGACAAUUCAUAAAUCAUUAAGGGAUUGAUUUAAGACCUUUAUUACAAUCAAAAGGAAGUUGCUUUUUAAAAGACUUAUAGCAAAAGUGAAAUUGAAGUAUUCAUUAAGAACAUUACAAAUAUAAUUUUAAACAAUUU